UCUCUCUCUCUUCCUCCCUCUGCUGCCUCUACAGCAUCAGCACCUCCAAACCGUACAAGGCGACCCGCCGCUGGGAAGAGGAUGCUCUCCGCUCCGUUAUGAUCCACAGCCUAGCGAUGAGGCGGCUAACCGACGGGCUGAUGGUCAGAGCGAUGAAGACCCCGAUUUUGGCUUCCGAGGGCGCCGCGUGAAUUUCGGGCAAAUCCGAGGAAAGCCGAGCGAACAAAAGGCAUCCCAGCCCUCAUCCUCCUCCUCCUCCUCUGACGCACCUGGCUGCCCUGUCGCCACUUGACAUGACAGCGCAGAGCCGGCAGCAGGGCAGCAGGAUCAAGGGGCACCGACGUGCAGCCGGACGUGCGGACUCGACCAGGAGCGGGGGACGCUCGGCGGAGCGGAAGCAGCAGCCCAGGGGAGGCCGGAUUGCAGUUUCUGGGGACGAGCGCCAAGGGCAGUGCGGCAGUCAGCAGACAGACCGGGGGGAGGAGGCUGCGGAGAUCUGUGAUAUACUCUCCCCCGAAACCACUCUCCAACCCAUCCUGGAGAUAUGAUGGUGGAUGUUUGUGUGCUUGAUCUGUGGUGACUGUGGCACUCCCCAAUCAUCCUCUCCACUCUUCCUUCCCAACCAAUCACUGGUGAUGUGCAAUUAAAAGCUUAGGUCUGCUCUCCAGGCACGGGUGGAGCCCUGAGGGGGGACUGAUGAGCAUACUGGCCAGGCAUCACUUGGUCCCUCCUUCUCUGUUUUUGCUCCUUCUGCUUGUCGCCUGCACUAUGGGCUGCCUUCAAAGCAUCGCCUGCAAGCCCCGCAUCAGGCGAGAGAACAUCGUGGUGUACGAGGUGUCUGCCUCUAUUGACCAGUGUCCUACAAUCAUAGAGGAGAACUCACCGAUUGUGCUCCGUUAUAAGACACCAUACUUCAGGGCCUCAGCAGGAGUUGUGAUGCCGCCGGUGCCCCGCAAUGAGACCUGGGUGGUGGGCUGGAUCCAAGCCUGUACCCAGAUGGAGUUCUACAACACCUAUGGUGAUAUUGGCAUGUCUAGCUGGGAGCUACCAGAGCUGCGAGAGGGUCGGGUGAAGGCCAUCAGCGACUCGGAUGGCGUCAGCUACCCUUGGUAUGGCAACACCACGGAGACGGUGACCCUGACCGGCCCCACGUCCAAACCAUCUCGGCUGACGGUCAGCAUGAAUGACAACUUCUAUCCCAGCGUGACCUGGGCAGUCCCCAUCAGCAACAGCAACACCCCGAUGCUGACCCACAUCACCCGGGACCAGAGCUUCAUCACCUGGCUGGUGGCCAUGAACUCUGUCACCAAGGAGCGCAUUGUGUUGCAGACGGUGCGGUGGAGGAUGCGGGUCGACAUCGCCGUGGAUCCGGACAUGCCACUCGGCUCCCGGGCCUCGCUUGUCGGUCGACCGUACCAGGAGCAGCCGCACAUCCUCAACUACCAGGAGCCCAUCCCUCCCAACGCUCUGGGAAGGCCGAAUGCCAACGACGCCCAAGUGCUGAUGUGGAGGCCGCGUAGAGGGGCACCGCUUGUGGUCAUACCGCCAAAAUAGGAGGGGAUGAAAUUUCUGCACAGACAAAAGCAUAGGUGCUCCCUUUAAGGAAAAAGGGAGGACGAAGUGGUCACAGUGCCCGCUGGUGUCCUUGCAGCUCCUAAUCUCUAAAGGACUGAAGUGGACUGUUACCUUAAGCCAAAGCGAAGGUUGAAUCUUGAAUCUGACACAGCAGUCAGAAGAAAACACCACAGUUUGUCCUCCAGGACCUUGAGCGACAUCAAGGCUUGUCUAAACCCCGCCGGCCCCCGAUAAGUUUUGAACUGCAUAUUUAUCUCUGCCUGCAUUUUAGCAAAGUACAAACCCAGUUUUUAGACGUACCACAGAGGUAUUAGUCAACAACAAGAACUGCAUCCUGCAUCCUUAUGUAGACCUUAUUGCAUGAGAGUGAGGAGACUGAAAAAAAAGAAGAAGAAGAAAAAAGCUGUUCUUAUAGAAGUUUAAGAGCAGCAGUUUGUUUUGUAUAACUUGAUACCUGAAGACAUUUUGAUUGACAAGUCAGCCAAAAUACGAUGCGGGCUGGUUUGACCUCAUCGGUGCCAACAAAGGCCUUCAGCACACCCAGUACUGCUAUUAAAGGAUGUACUCAGAUCAGUUCAAGGAAUCUUAAGUAUUAUAUGAGUCUUUUUAGGUUUAAGAUUAAAACCCAUGCAUCCAUCAGAUUGUACUGGGAGCAGCCACGUGGAAGGGGAACACUACUGCUACCGUUUUCACAGGAGUCCUCUAUCUCUUCUGGUAUAUUUUUGCCUCUUUUGUGCAGCUGAUAUACUGUACCUCAAUGGGUGUCGGAUGGCUUUAAAGAUGAGCUGGAUCUCUUCAUGCAUUAAAUAAGAAAAAAAAACAACAAAAAAAAACAAAAACAAUGCCAAACAAGCUUAUAAGUACAGUGUAAAUGAUUUGGAAUACUGCCAUAAGGCACACUGACACUUACUGUAGCUGGAGGUGUCCACCAAUCAGAGUGGCACUAAUAAAGUUAUGUCACAGAUAAAGUUACUCCAGUAAUGGAUUGUAUAUGUAUUCUUAACAGUUUUCUUGGUCUGGAAUUAAACCAAGACUACUUCUAAGAAGUCACUCUUCUGCCCCCACCCUCCCUGGCAGUCCUGUAUGCGUAAUAUUUUUUAUGAACAUGAAUUUAAGAAAAGACCAUGCUUCAGAGACUUGCGACAUUUAUUUACUACACAUAAAUGCUCGUGUCAUUUUUUUUUUCUCUCCUCACUUCUCCACCUACAGAGGGCAAACUGUAUCAGAUUUUGAGAAAUAAAUAAAAGAUUAAAUGAUUAUUUAUAUAUGUGACAAUUUAAAUAAAACUGGAAAGGAAUACA